GACCACUAAUGAAGUAAUAGAAAGAAGAAAGAAGCAACAAUAAUUUUAGUACAAAAAAUUAUUCAAGGUGAUGGUGAUGAUAUGGGAAGAUCUAACAGUAACAAUUGGUGCAGACAACAAGAAGUUGCUUGAUGCUGUCACUGGUUUUGCUCAACCUGGUAGGAUCAUGGCUGUUAUGGGUCCUUCUGGUUGUGGCAAAACUACCCUACUCACCUCAUUGGCUGGAACACAUGCUGCAAAUGUUGCAGUGACCGGCAACAUUCAAAUCAAUGGGAAAAAGAGAAAUUUGUACUCCAAAGAAGUGUCUUAUGUGGGUCAAGAGGAACUUUUCUUAGGAACUUUGACUGUAAAAGAAACCCUCACAUAUUCUGCAAACAUGAGGCUACCUUCUAAAAUGACAAAACAAGAGAUAGACAAAGUUGUGGAAGACACAAUAAUUGAAAUGGGACUUGAAGAUUGUGCUAAUACUAAAAUUGGUAAUUGGCAUCUAAGAGGUAUUAGUAAUGGUGAAAAGAAAAGACUUAGCAUUGGUCUUGAGAUUUUGACACAACCCUUUGUGUUACUUCUUGAUGAACCAACUAGUGGACUUGAUAGUGCCUCAGCAUUCUAUGUCAUUCAAGCUCUAAGUAACAUUGCUUUUAAAGGAAAGAUUGUUAUUUGUUCAAUUCAUCAGCCUGGGAGUGAAACCUUUAAUAUUUUUGAUGAUUUACUUUUGCUCUCAAAUGGUGAAACUGUUUAUUUUGGAGAAGCUAAGAUGGCUCUAAAGUUUUUUGCUGAUGCAGGUUUUCCAUGUCCUACCAAAAGAAAUCCUUCAGAUCAUUUUAUUAUGAGCAUUAAUUUGGAUUUUGACUUGAUUAAUGAAGCUCUUGCAAGAUGCCAUCCUACGUCAUCCAAUUCUACGACGGGAAUGAGAACGACAGACAUUAGAAAGGAACUCAUAAAGAAUUACAACAUUUCAGAGCUAUUUAUCAAUACAAGACUAAAAGUUCAACAACUAAAAAACAAUGUGAUGGAAGGGGAAGCAACUAAUUCCAAUAUUGUAAGAAGCUGGUGGAGGCAACUUAGCACAUUGACCAAAAGAUCUUUCCUUAACAUGAACAGAGACUUGGGUUACUAUUGGCUAAGGAUAAUAUUCUACAUACUUACAGGAAUUACUAUUGGCACCCUCUUUUUUCACAUUGGCACAGGCAACAACUCAAUUUUGGCUAGAGGAAAGUGUGUAUCAUUCAUUUAUGGUUUCAUGAUAUGUUUGUCAUGUGGAGGAUUGCCAUUAUAUGUAUUUUAUGGUGAAAGAUCCAAAGGACAUUGUGGAGAGGCUGCAUUUGUGAUAUCAAACAUUAUAUCAUCAUUCCCUUUCCUCCUUCUAAUAUCACUAUCCUCUGGAAUAAUAAUUUACUUCAUGGUGCAAUUUCAUCCUGGUUUUAUAAAUUGUACAUUUUUUUGUAUCAACUUAUUCUGUUGUCUAUCGGUUGUUGAGAGCUGCAUCAUGGUUGUGGCCGCAAUUGUCCCGAAUGUCAUGAUGGGUAUAGGAACAGGGACCGGUUUUAUAGUUUUUAUGAUGAUGCCCUCCCAAAUAUUCAGACCACUAAAUGACCUUCCUAAGUUUUUUUGGCGCUAUCCAAUGUCCUAUCUCAGUUUUGCUGCUUGGGCAGUGCAGGGACAAUACAAGAAUGACAUGUUGGGGGUUGAGUUUGAUCCUCUACUACCUGGGGACCCAAAAGUUACUGGAGAACAAGUACUACCAAUAUUAUUUGGUGUUCCACUAAAUCAUGGAAAAUGGUUGGACCUAACAAUUUUGGUUAUCUUACUAUUUCUCCAUAGAUUGCUUCUUUUCUUGGUGCUUCGAUAUAACAAAAGAGGAAUAUCACAUUUCCUAUGGUUUUAUGCUAAGAAAAAUCUACAAUUUGCAAAACAGCAUUUAACGAAGAACAAGCCAUCAAUGUCUUCUAAGAAACAAGAACUGCCACGUCCAUUAUCUUCUCUAGAGAAUGCUAUGUCUCCACCACAAUAUUAACACCAAUGGCUGAUCUUGUGUUAUUUUAUUGGGAGUGUGAAAAAUUUAUGUUAUAUAUGAAAAGAAAUUAUAUUAGUAUAAUAUAAUUCAUUAGUUGGUAAUGUGUGUAUGUAUAAAA